AAUGGCGUCUCGGCGCAGUGCGCUGUCUUCGUUUUUGCCAAUAAGUACAGGCGCAAAUGAGCCACAUCGUGAACUUUUUGAGUCUUGUAGAAAUGGAGAUAUUACCAGAGUAAAGAAGCUUGCUAAUCCCACCAAUGUGAAUGCCAGGGACACUGCUGGAAGAAAGAGUUCACCGCUUCACUUCGCUGCGGGCUUCGGCAGAAAAGAUGUUGUAGAGUUCCUUCUUCAGAAUGGUGCCAACGUACACUCCCGUGAUGACGGAGGACUAAUACCGCUUCAUAACGCUUGCUCCUUUGGUCACGCCGAGGUUGUCACACUACUCUUAAAGCACGGAGCAGACGCUAAUGCUAGGGAUAAUUGGAAUUAUACCCCUCUGCAUGAAGCGGCCAUAAAGGGCAAGAUUGAUGUUUGUAUAGUUUUGCUUCAAAACGGCGCAGACCCUAACAUCAGGAACACGGACGGCAAAACAGCCCUGGAUCUCGCGGACCCUCCCGCUAAGCAGGUCCUGUCUGGAGAGUACAAGAAGGACGAGUUAUUGGAAGCAUCACGGAGUGGCAAUGAAGAGAAGAUGAUGAGCUUGCUGACCCCAUUGAAUGUCAAUGGCCAUGCAAGCGACGGUAGACGGUCCACACCACUGCAUCUUGCUGCUGGCUACAAUCGUGUGUCUAUCGUCCAGCUGUUGUUACAGCAUGGGGCAGAUGUUCAUGCCAAAGACAAAGGUGGGCUUGUUCCCCUGCAUAAUGCCUGCUCCUACGGCCACUUUGAAGUCACGGAGCUUCUGAUCAAACAUGGUGCUAAUGUCAACGCUAUGGAUCUGUGGAAGUUCACUCCACUCCAUGAGGCUGCAUCCAAAUCGAGGCUUGAGGUGUGCUCCCUGCUGAUGAGUCAUGGGGCAGACCCUAACCUCGUUAACUGCCAUUCCAAGAGUGCCAUCGACGUUGCACCCACUAAGGACCUUAAAGAGAUGCUGCAAUAUGAAUUUCGGGGCAAUGCAAUGUUGGAAGCUUGCAGGCUAUCUGACAUGACACGGAUCAAGAAGCAGAUUGCUCCCGACUUGGUCAACUUCAAGAACCCACAGACACUAGAUAGUCCCUUGCACUGUGUAGCAGGUUCCGUUUUCCCAAAGAGGAAACAAGCUGUGGAACUACUCAUCAAAAAGGGUGCCAAUCUAGUCGACAAGAACAACGAAGGGCUAACACCAUUACAUGUUGCAACAGACAAGGGUCACAUUGAUGUAAUGGAGCUCCUACUGGAAAGUGGUGCCAAGGUAAAUUCCACAGACAACAUGGGUCAGACCCCUCUCCACCGGGCAGCUCGUGAAGACAUUCCUGAGGCAUCUCGUCUUCUGCUCUCGUACGGCGCUGACACCACCGUGUUAUCACUGCAGGGAUUCACACCCGUACAGCUUGCCUCGGAGAGUGUGCAGAAAAUCAUGCAAGUUGAGCAGAGGUUGAAUGCCGUUGAUGAAAGUUCAGAGUUCUUAGAGUUCUCUAAAGCUGGAGACUUGGAGAAUAUCCAGGCCCUAGUGUCGAGGAAUCCACAUAUAGUCAACUGCCGAGACAAGGAAGGCAGACACUCGACGCCUCUGCAUUUUGCAGCUGGGUACAAUCGAGUAGCCGUGGUUGAUUAUCUGUUGCAGCAUGGAGCUUACGUUCACGCCAAAGACAAAGGUGGACUUGUUCCUCUGCAUAAUGCCUGCUCCUUUGGUCAUUAUGAGGUGACGGAGCUAUUGAUCAAACACAGCGCUGUCGUAAAUGCAGCAGAUCUGUGGAAGUUCACUCCGCUACAUGAGGCUGCGGCUAAGGGCAAAUAUGAGAUAUGCAAACUACUACUUAAGCAUGGUGCUGAUCCUGAGAAGAAAAACCGCGACGGUCACACGGCCCUGGACCUGGUCAAAGAAGGUGACCAGGACGUUCAGGAUCUACUGAGGGGAGAUGCCGCUCUCCUUGAGGCAGCCAAGAAGGGCAACCUGGUCAGGGUCCAGAAACUGGUCACUCCGGAUAAUAUCAACUGUCGGGACUCCCAGGGCAGGAACUCUACUCCUCUACACUUAGCAGCUGGUUACAACAACGUAGAAGUAGCAGACUACUUACUAGAGCAUGGUGCUGAUGUGAAUGCCAGGGAUAAAGGAGGUCUCAUCCCUCUGCAUAAUGCCUCAUCCUAUGGGCAUUUGGAUAUUGCCUCGUUGCUUAUCAAACACAACACGUGCGUCAAUGCUGUAGACCGCUGGAACUUUACUCCCCUACACGAAGCAGCGCAGAAAGGUCGCACUCAACUCUGCGCACUCUUGCUUGCCCAUGGUGCUGAUCCAACAAUGACUAACCAGGAGGGGCAAACACCACUCGACCUUGCCACCGCAGACGACGUACGCUCCCUCCUCAUUGAUGCCAUGCCCCUGGGCUCAGCCCCGACCACUGCCAAAGGCCUCACCCCGACCACACCCAUCAAGAAUAGCACCCUCAUCCCCGCUCCUUCGUCGAGGAGACCCGGACCAGGGCUCGCCUCCGAUGAUGUGGACACUGCGCAGGGGGCGGUUGGCGGGGUCGGUGCGGCAGCGACACCAGCUGUGAAGCAAGUGGUGACAUCGACGUCACAGACCGGAGACGGGGCGGCAGACAGCGGCAGUAGCGAGAGUAGUACCGGUAAUCCAUUAGACAUCAGUAUCGGGGCCUUUUUGAGGGGCGUUCAGCUGGAUCAUCUCAGGGAGAUCUUUGAAAGGGAACUGAUAAGCAUGGAUGUCCUGCUGGAUAUGGGUCAUGAGGAGCUUAAGGAGAUUGGCAUCAACGCAUACGGCCACCGGCAUAAGGUCAUCAAGGGUAUGGAGAGACUGAUGGGGGGUAACAUCACACCUAACCCACACCUAGGAGCUCAUGGCAACUCUGGAUCCAUCCUGAUUGAUCUGGGUAUUGAUGAUAAGGAGUACCAGUCGGUUGCCGUUGAGAUGCAGAACACGGUCCGAGAGCACCGCGAUAACGGCCAGGCCGGUGGUAUCUUCAGUAAGUACAGCAUCAACAAGAUUCAGAAAGUACGCAACAGGAGACUGUGGGAUAGAUACUUGCAUCGGAAGAAGGAGGUCGCUGAUGAGAAUCAUAACCAUGACAACGAGAGGAUGCUCUUCCACGGGUCACCAUUCAUCAACGCCAUCGUCAACAAAGGCUUUGACGAACGCCAUGCCUACAUCGGUGGCAUGUUCGGAGCAGGUAUCUACUUUGCUGAGGACUCCUCAAAAAGCAACCAGUAUGUGUACGGAAUCGGGGGAGGGACAGGAUGCCCCGCCCAUAAAGACAGGUCCUGUUAUAUUUGUCAUAGGCAAAUUGUAUUCUGCCGAGUGACCCUUGGCAAGGCGUUCCUUCAGUUCAGUGCCAUGAAGAUGGCCCAUGCACCUCCUGGUCACCACUCGGUCAUCGGCAGACCCAGCACUGGCGGCUUGGCGUACUCCGAGUAUGUCAUCUACAGAGGAGAACAGGCUUUCCCAGAGUACCUCAUCACGUUCCAGAUCGUCAAACCAGAUAACCCCGAGAAAUAACACCUCACCCAUCAUCUGUGAUGGCGGCUACCUAAUCAUCCUCUUCUACUUCUACUCACACUUUGCACUGGUUCGCUGGAAGUUCAUUCUGAUCAACUCUCAUCCACUCGGCGCGUCUCAUGGUCAAAGCAGGGACCAAAAUUUCAUUGAGUAGCUGGAGUAGAUGUUUAAAGGGAAGGUACACGUUUGGUAAUUACUCAAAACAAAUAUUAACUUAAA